AUGUCAUCACCUACUAUGCUCAUGCUCAAGCAGACUGCAAUCUGGGGAGGAGGAAUAGUUGGACUAGGAGUGUUUUUGUUCAAGUUCACCGUGCCUACCGAAGAGGAGCUCUUGCAAAAGAUGUCGCCUGAGAUAAGGGCCCAGGUGGAGCGGAACCGAGAGUUGAGACAGCAGGAGCAGGCGAUGUUGAUGGAGAUAGUGAAGAAGACCGCUGACAGUGACCAGCCGAUCUGGAAGACUGGCGAGUUGUACAACCCCUGGGAGGGGACCGGAAGCAAGCUUCUCCUGGACAAGGUGAACUUCGAGAAGGAGCAGGCUGCAAACAAGCUCAAGAGCGAGCUCGAGGCGUUGAAAGAACAGCAGAAGAAGCUCAAGUGA